CAGACCGACUUCCGUAUAUGGUUUGUGUAGCCAAACCAGAUCACACACGCUCCACGGAAUAAUUAUUCCUGAAUUAGUACAGAACGGGACUGAAGCGUUGACACGCUACGUCUCAUCGCGACUUUAUUGGGGUAAAAUAUCAUGAAUGAAAUAUUCGUGUCCGGGAUAAAUUCCUCCACAUUGAAGCUUUUUCGAGCUAGCUUAGCUCAGCUUGCUAGCUGCUAAAAAGAGAGACACGCCUUGGUUAUCAACACAUCGCUCAGCAGUGGUCAAUAUUGAGUGUAAAGUGUUGUGAUUGUCGUGAGGAAAUGUGCGCAAGAAAGACAACAGAGUAUGCGGAGAAGCUUUCUGGAACAAAAGAGGACGAGCGACAACGUCAACUUCUGGACGAUGUUUUCAAGCAGGCUCGAGUUGUGUUAUACCGAGCAGACAUCAGUGAAGAAUAUGUUUGUCCUGAGCAACAGGAGCCAGAGAUCCCCCACACUGAAGGGGACGAGGAACCAGAACCGCCCGCUGACAUUAAAGAGGAAGAACAAGAGGCUGAUAUCACCAAGUUGCCAUUGACUGUUGUCAUUGUGAAGAGUGAAGAUGAUGAAGACCAAGAUCAGAAGUCAGAGCUUCAUCCCAGCCUAAGUGAGGAGAACAGAGGGGCGGAGCCUCAGAGCAGCAGCUCAAGUCAACAUGUGACAACAGAAGGGGAUGGAGACCAUUGUGGAGGACCACGAGCAGACAGCCUCUUGGCUCCACUGUCAAAUAGUGACGACAUAACGACACACUCUUCAGACACUGAUGAUGAACUCUGCAAAGGUGAAAUGACGCGUCAAACUGAUGAUAAACGCUGGAAAUGUUCUCAGUGUGGGAAAAAGUUUGAUGCCAAGUAUAAUUUAAAAGUACACAUGAGAACACACACUGGAGAAAAGCCCUUCGCUUGCUCAAUAUGUGGUAAAAAUUUUUCUGUCAAGGGAUAUUUAAGCUCACACAUAAGAAUACACACUGGAGAGAAACCAUAUGCAUGCUCAGCUUGUGAUAAAUGUUUCUCUAGACUGGGGCAGUUAAAAACACACAGGAGAACUCAUACUGGGGAAAAACCUUUUGUCUGCUCAGUUUGUGGUAAAAGCUUCUAUAUAAAUGGAGGUUUAAUCAGACACUCAAGAAUACACACAGGAGAGAAACCUUUUGCCUGCUCAAUUUGUGGUAAAAGAUUCUUACUAAAGACACAUUUAAGAACACAUACACGAACUCACUCUGAGGAGAAACCUUUUGUCUGUUCAGUUUGUGGUAAAGCAUUCUCUAGAAUGGGAACUUUAAGAUCACACACAAAAACUCACACUGGGGAGAAAGCCUUUGCCUGCUCAGUUUGCGGGAAAAGAUUUGCUGAAAAGGGAUGUUUAAAAAGACAUACAAGAACACACACAGGAGAGAAACCUUUUCCCUGCUCAGUUUGCGGUAAAAGAUUCUCUGUAAAGGGACGUUUAAUACGGCAUACAAGAACACAUACUGGCGAGAAACCUUUUGCCUGCUUAAUUUGUGGUAAAAGAUUCAUUCAGAAGGUACAAUUGGGAACACACAUGAAAGCACACACUGGACAGUAACCGUUUGCCGGUUCUCCACCCCAAAAUUAAAGAGGAAGAGGAGGAUGAUAUCAACAAAUUGCCAUGGACUGGUGUAAUUGUGAGGAGUGAUGAUGAUGCACCCUCCAAAGUUGAUAUGUCACACAGAUAACAAACACGGGAAAUGUUUUCAAUGGGACAAAACUUUUGGUGCCAAGACAGAUCGGAGAACGCACAUGAUACUCCACACUUACAGGAAAAGAUGAACUCGGAACGGACAUUUGAAAAUACACACUAGAACACAAUGCAUUUCAGUCAAUUCCACAUGAUUGUUUUGAAUGGUUUUAUGUUUUAAUUUCCAUGUAUUUUGAUUUGAUUGAUUUUUUGUUCUGAUUCUAAAUUGUAAUAACCGUGCAACAUUGUGAUUCUGUAUUUUAUACUGUAUGUGUAUGACUUUUGUUUUUCUUGGAAGCUCUUCAUCCGGAACCUUAAGGACGAAACAAAAUUAUUUGAAGUAGACAGGGCGAGAACAUACAUUGGUGAGAAACUGUUCAAUUGCAGUGUGUGUGAGAAAAGAUUCUCUCGUCUCUGUUUAAGUAACGGAAGUGUUUUGGUGAGAAGCGCAGUAGUAUAUGAAGCUUCAAAUAAAUUGUAAAGAAACUUCAACACUUUGUGGUAAGCCAUAAAAGUGUCUGUCUGGUGCUAAAUAAAAUGCAGUGAUAGAG